UGGUGGUUUGCGGCUGCGUCCGCAUGGCAACCGCGAGCUGUGUACAAGAGAGAGGGAAGAAGGGACCUUUUGGAGACGCUGACCGGGAUUUCAACAUUCAAACACCCAAUUCCUGUUUCCUUCUUCGGACAUACUGUACCAUUGGAGACUGCAGACGGUUUGGAGCGGCUUUAAUGCGGCGUGUUAUUGGCGCAGCCUGACAGCUGUGUAAGCUGCGACCAAAUAUCUGUAACCAUGACGGCAGAGGAGACAAUCGCCAUCAAGGAGGCGGAGGUGAUCAAGCUGAUGCUGGACUUCCUGAACUCCAGGAAGCUCCACAUCAGCAUGCUGGCCUUAGAGAAGGAGAGCGGCGUCAUCAAUGGACUCUACUCUGACGACAUGCUCUUCCUCAGACAACUCAUUCUGGACGGCCAGUGGGAGGAGGUGAUGCAGUUCAUUCAACCUCUGGAAGGAAUGGACAAGUUUGAAAAGAAAAGGUUCCGCUACAUUAUACUGAAGCAGAAGUUUCUAGAAGCUCUGUGUGUAAAUAACGCCAUGUCUGCUGCUGAAGACCCUCAAAACCUGGAGCUUACCAUGCAAGCGACAGUCAAGUGUCUUCACAGUCUGGAGGAGUUCUGUCCGACCAAAGACGACUACAGCAAGCUUUGUCUCCUCCUCACCCUGCCACGCCUCACCCACCACGCAGAGUUCAAAGACUGGAACCCCAGCACGGCACGGGUCCACUGUUUCGAAGAAGCCUGUGCUAUGGUGGCUGAGUUCAUCCCCGCCGACAGGAAGCUGAGCGAGGCAGGCUUCAGGGCGAGCGGGAACCGUCUCUUCCAGCUGCUCAUCAAAGGGAUUCUGUACGAGUGCUGUGUGGAGUUCUGUCAGAGUAAAGCCACUGGUGAGGCGAUCACAGAGGGGGAGGUGUUGCUCGGUGUGGAUCUGCUCUGUGGGAAUGGCUGUGAUGAGCUGGACCUGUCCCUGCUCUCCUGGCUGCAGAAUGUCUCUCCGGGGGCCUUCUCCUGCGCCUUCGAGCAGAAGACCCUCAACAUCCACGUGGACCGCCUGGUGAAGCCCAGCAAGGCGGGCCAAUCUGACCUGCUCACUCCAUUGAUCAACCGCCUGUCCCCCUGCCCGACCUCCCCCUUUAGCCAGAGGCCUCAUUCAGCAGACACCUACAUGUCCAGGUCCCUCAACCCAGCUCUGGACGGCCUGUCCCACGGCCUGGCUGCCCAGGACAAGAGAGGCAUGGGCAGCCAGGCUGACUCCCUGAGUCGGAGUUUAGUGGAGAAUAAUCUGCAUCACCAGGACGAUUCACCUGAGAAGAAGCAACCACAAGGGCUGGAUGGACCCAAAACAACUCGCACACCUCUGACCCCCGGAAAAGAUGGCGGGCCCCCCUGCAGCACGGACACAGAUGAGCAUCCCGAGUCCUCAGAGCACAUCCAGGAGUAUCACCGGCAGCGUCUCCGAGUGCAGCAGCAUCUGGAGCAGAAGCAGCAUCAGAGACAACUUUACCAACAGAUGCUGCUGGAGGGAGGGGUGAAGCCGCAGGACAUUGCCCAAAACAACCUCACUGAAACCUUCCUCAGCAGAUCCAUUCAGAAGUUGGAGGAGAUGAAUGUGGGGAUUGACCACAGAGCAGAUGAGGUGACGACGACGCAGUGGAAUGGACUGACAGAAAACACUUCCAGCCCCCAAAGCACCGCUGCCCAGCACACCCCAGACACUGGGCCGCCAACAAACAAGCCAGGUAAGAGGGACAGCAGCACCCCUCUAAGAACCGGGGGCCACGGCUUGCCCUCCCUCGGAGAGUCCCCCGUCCCUACCAGUCAGAGUGCUGAGAAGAUCAGAGAGGCAGUGCAAGAUGAUUCUGACUGCUCUGCAACACGUAACUCACAAGAGCCGGGGAAGUCCAAAGCGCAGUUUGUGAGGGUGAACCAGUUGGAGGACACCCAGGCGGUGCGCGCCGUGGCCUUCCAUCCCUCCGGAGCGCUCUAUGCCGUCGGCUCCAACUCUAAAACCCUCAGAGUCUGUGCCUACCCAGAAACACUCUCCCCCAGUAGUGCUUCUGGUGCAGUCAAGCAGCCGGCGGUGCGCUUCAGGAGGAACAAACACCACAAGGGUUCCAUCUACUGUGUCGCCUGGAGCCACUGCGGACAGCUGCUGGCCACUGGGUCCAAUGAUAAAUUUGUCAAAGUCCUGCCUUUCAAUGCAGACAGCUGCAAUGCAACAGGCCCGGACCUGGAGUUCAGCAUGCAUGACGGCACCAUCAGGGACCUGGCCUUCAUGGAGGGGCCCGAGAGCGGAGGAUCCAUCUUGAUCAGUGCCGGGGCCGGAGAUUGCAACAUCUACACCACCGACUGUCAGAGGGGACAGGGCCUGCACGCCCUCAGCGGACACACUGGUCACAUUCUGACUCUGUACACGUGGGGCGGGUGGAUGAUCGCCUCUGGCUCUCAGGACAAGACGGUGCGCUUCUGGGACCUGCGGGUGCCCAGCUGUGUGCGGGUGGUGGGAACAACUCUGCACGGCUCAGGAAGUGCCGUUGCCACGGUGGCGGUGGACCCCAGCGGGCGCCUGCUGGCCUCAGGUCAGGAGGACAGCACCUGCAUGCUGUACGACAUCAGAGGAGGCCGCAUGGUCCAGACGUAUAGGCCGCACAGCAGCGACAUCCGCUCAGUGCGCUUCUCCCCCGGAGCCCACCAUCUCCUCACCGGCUCCUACGACAACAAAGUCAUCAUCAGCGACCUUCAAGGUGACCUAACCAAGCCCCUUCCUCAGACGGUGGCAGGCGAGCACUGGGACAAGGUGAUUCAGUGUAGGUGGCACCCCCACGAUCGGACCUUCCUCUCCUCCUCUGCAGAUCGAACUGUCGUGCUCUGGGCCCCCGGCCCCUGAGCCGUUCACUGGAGGAUCACUGGUGGGCCGCAGCAGGAAGCACAAGAGUACUCACAUCCCAGCGAGGGAUCACUAACUGCUGCGUGUCCGAGUUAACUGUCGGUCUGUGUGUGUGUUCAAUUGUGUGUGUGUGGAUAAAGUUAGAAUAUAAAGAUGACUGAUAAUGCCUGUAUUUUAAGGCAUGAGUAAUUUCACUGCAAGCACACCUGCAAGUUAGAUUCGUUUUAUUUUUCACAAUACUAAACUACAUUUUAUUCAGCAUAAGUCCGUACUUGGUACAAAACAUGAAUGUUACUUCAGAAGGGAAGGAGCGUUUGGUGAACCAUGAAGCGUUCGCUGUCUCUAGUUUCUGUAGGAGGCAGUAAGCUGGACUCUUCAUGUUGUGGAAAGAAAAGCCACGGUUGGUUAUGCAUAUCAUGAUGUGCCUUUUUUGUGACAUUUGUAGAUAUUUUUGGAUGUGUGAAUUGGAUUGAUUGAGAGAUUUAUUUAUUUAUUACGUAUUUUGUCAUAAGGCUUGUCAUCUGUAAAACAUUGUAAUGUCACUGUAAUGUAGAAAAUGAUCACUCAUUGGCAGUUUUGCGCACUUAUUAAAAAGGGAAAACAGUAAUUAGAGCUAUACAGUAUGUUCAAGUUUGUAACAUCAAUGGCUACUCAUUUGUGAAUUAAAUAGAUAAAUUGCAACAUGGAAAUAAGUAAAUGUUGGUUGUGACAUUUUAGAAAGUUGAAAUAAGAGUAGAAUACUGUAACCACUGAUCAACUCCUCAGAUCACAUUCAAAUUGAGGUGAUAUGCAGUUGUUGCCAACAAAAAUUAAAUAUUUUUCAAAAUACAAAAUGUUUAAAUAAAUAACAGAAAAAGUUAGCAGGCUAAAGUAAAAUAUGAAGAGAUGAAUGCUGCUGGACUGCACAAUGUGAAAUGACAAAUCCACACACAUCUUCAACUGUAUAUUCACUUUUACUGAGACUAUGCAGACACCAGAUCGAUGUGAGAGAAAAGGCUAUCAUGCUUUAUAUUUUUCAUUAUCUGUGGCUCACAAAGGCAUAUCCAGUGUCAUUUAAAACCUGUGCAGUUAGAAACAAUGUGUGUCCACAAAUGAUGAAAUGCCAAGGGGUCAAUGGGGUUCAAACUGUACAAAAACAUCAAAUAGUGGCUGUCUAAUAACACAUGUUGUUCUUGCUAAAUCAAUAAAGGUAUUUUUAAGUUACACUUUGGAGGUGUAAAUUACCUGAUGGAAUAAAGACAUCAAGUGUCA